UGAUAAGAUGUCUUAGGUGAAGGCGAGGGGGGUGCGGACGGGGAGAAGGUCACCCCGGCCAGCGCGGCGAAGCAUGGCCCUACUCUCUCGCCAGAAGUUGCCCGUUUGAUCGAGUGCACCGAAUUUUGCCUGGGUAGGUUCGUUUUCCUCGGAUUUUCGUCCUCGCCAGGCCUUUCUUCGUCCUGUGGGACGAUAUACUUGACAAAGAUACACAAAGACGCUGCCGUGUCACUCUCGGAAACCCUCCUCCUGGCCAUCUUCCCAAAUCCAUCCAUCAUGGACCGCACAACGAUGACAGGCAAAAGAACAGCCCUCUUGGCUCUCGUCUCAACUCUCGUGAGGACGGCCUGCGCCGCCUUGGUCUCGCACGACUUCGACAUCGGCUGGGUAACGGCCAACCCAGAUGGCGCCUUCAACCGCCCAACAAUCGGCAUCAAUGGGCAAUGGCCGGUUCCUCGCAUCGAUGCCAACGUUGGGGACACCGUCCUCAUCAACGUCCGCAACAACCUGGGCAACCAGUCGACGUCUCUUCACUUCCACGGCCUUUACAUGAACGGCUCAACGCACAUGGACGGGCCGGCCCAGGUCAGCCAGUGUGCCAUUCCGCCGGGCUCGUCCUUCACCUACAACUUCACCAUCAACCAGCCAGGCACGUACUGGUACCACUCCCAUACCCAAAGCCAGUACCCAGACGGUAUCAGGGGACCCCUCAUCGUCCAUGACCCAGACUCCCCUUUCAAGGACCGAUAUGACCAAGAGAUCGUCGUGUCCCUGUCUGAUUGGUACCACGACCAGAUGGCCGACCUCAUCCCGGCCUUCAUGGGCAAGGGCAACCCCACCGGUGCCGAGCCCGUCCCGCAAGCCGCCCUGAUGAACGACACGCAGAACCUCACCGUGGCCGUUCAGCCCGGCAAGACAUAUCUCUUCCGCAUGGUCAACAUGGCCGCCUUCGCCGGCCAGUACGUCUGGAUUGAAGGCCACAACAUCUCCAUCGUCGAGGUCGAUGGCAUCUACACGGAGCCGGCCGAGGCGACCAUGAUUUACAUCUCGGCUGCUCAGCGGUACAGCUUCCUCGUCACCACUCGCAACGACACCGCGUCCAACUUUGCCAUUGUCGGCAGCAUGGACACCUCCCUAUUCGACAAGCUCCCCGAAGGCCUCAACUACAACGUCACGGGCUGGCUCGUCUACGACCCCUCCAAGCCCCUCGACCCGCCGGCGACGCUCGACACCUUCACCCCCUUCGACGACAUGACCCUCGUGCCCCAGGACAGGCAACCCCGCCUUCCGGCGCCCUCAAAGACUAUCGAGCUGGACGUCAUCAUGGAAAACCUUGGCGACGGCGGCAACUACGCCUUCUUCAACAACAUCACCUACAAAGCGCCCAAGGUCCCGACCCUCUACACGGCACUCUCCGCCGGCGACGCCGCCGCCGUGAGCCCCGAGAUCUACGGCGCCUACACGCACAGCUUUGUCCUCGACCGCGGCGACGUUGUCCAGGUUGUCGUCAACAAUCUCGACCCGGGCCGCCACCCCUUUCACCUGCACGGCCACGACUUCCAGGCGCUCUACCGCGCUCCCGAGGAGGGCGGCACCUUCGCAGACGCCAACCUCACCGAGGCCGACUUCCCCGCCGUGCCCAUGCGGCGCGACACGCUUGUUGUGUGGCCGAACGGGAACAUCGUUCUGCGCUUCCGGGCGAACAACCCCGGCGUCUGGCUCUUCCACUGUCACAUUGAGUGGCACGUAACAUCGGGCCUGAUCGCGACCUUCGUCGAAGCGCCUCUGGACCUCCAAAGGACCCUGUUAAUCCCCCAGAACCACCUGGACGUCUGUGCGGCAGCCAACGUCCCGACUGCCGGCAACGCGGCAGGAAACACCAAGAACUUCCUGGACCUGAGCGGGCAGAACACUCCGCCGGCGCGUCUUCCAGAUGGGUUCACCGCACGAGGAAUUGUAGCCCUUGUCUUCAGCUGCCUGACGGGCAUUCUCGGCGUUCUGGUUGUGGGAUGGUACGGCCUGGCCAAGGUAGAGGAACAUCCUUCUGCCGUUGGAUAUGCGGACCAGACAUCGGACACCGUCGCGGCGGCGGAGGGGCACACUGGUGAUGCUCGGCACAAAGAGCCACCCAUUGUCGAGUCCGUAUCCGGCGGGUCGGGUACCGGUCAAGCUUGAUCGUCAUCGUUGGCCAGCCGCUAGGAAAGCAUGUGAGGCGGCGAGAACAAUACAAUCUCAGUGACCUACUUCAGCUCAUGGAAGCUUGUCUGAUACGUUUUGGAAAUUUCCAGAGGGGCUUCAAAUGCGCCCGCAGCGUGAUUAUUCUCCUGGACCAGUUCUGAAUAUUUUCUGUGCCAGUUGGCCGACGUGUUGGAUAUAUGAAGCGUCGAUUAGUCUAAUGUGUGGAAGAGAUCGAGUGAAUAAAAGAAGGAUAAACUCCUGACUCCUGAAUCGGACACUGGCCCGAUUGUUUCCUCCCCAUUUCAUUGUCCCCGGCUUUCCGAGCCGGGCGUGUUACCCGCAACAACUGGCGUCAUUAUGUUCCGAGCAUGAAAACUCUGCCCUUCCAAUCUCGUCAUCUUUCACAUCCACAAUGGCGGUUAUGUUGCACCGUGUCGUAAACUUGACUUUCCUCCUUGGCUGGGACCUUAGCAUCUUGCAUGCCAAUAACCGCACGCCCCCUUCGCUCAAUAGCUCGGCGCUGUUGCCAGGUCGUCUGCCUCCCUAGGUCGCAUCACUGCGUCGCAAACCCCGUCUU